UGUUGUAUGUGUUUUUCAAUCAAAAGUAUCGGCGUAACCUUGCUGUGUCAGAGUUUGGUUUCAAAACAGUCGCCUCCUUCGUUGAUUCUCUGAGCGAAGAGCUAUUGGUGGAGAAAGAGAGAGUCUUCCACAAGAAUCACAGAGCAGCACCUGCAGUCCCAACACCUGCAAACCUACCAAGAGCGAACAUUGACUCGACACCUGCGAUCCCAACAAGCCCUGUAGUUAGUUUUGGAGCUGGCUUUGCUCAAAGAGGUAGUGAAAUGACGCAAGAGGAACUGAUGGAUAAAGUUAAAGAGGUUAUAAAAAAGUAUCCGGCUGCAAGCAAUUCCAUUGUUCAAUUGCAGAAUGGCUUCUUCCUCCUAUUUGGGUCGGCACUUCCAUUAGAUCGCUACAUGUCAUUGUAUGACAAUCAUACAGCUAAACAGCUUUCUUCCUCUUGUCUUGUCGUAAAUAAUAAACCAGCAGGAGCAAAGUGCCUUGAAACAGCACAAAAGAAGAUUGUUGAGGAAGUAAAGAAGGUUCAGCCCAUGCCUGUUGUGGUAAAUGAACAAGUGGUCCGGUCCAAGGCAGGAUCCCCUUUGCUUCGGUUUCAAAGUUUAACCGUCCCAUCCAUGGCAGCCCCUAGUGAUCUGUCCGCUAGUGACUUCCCAGUUCUUGGUUCUACGCUGACCAAAGCUGAGGAGAAGAAGCUGAAGGAGGGAAGGGGGCCUGUCUUCAAUGAGUCCUACUACAGCCAAGUGAGAGACGUCCAUGGUGCUAACGUGAGGGCAGCAGAAGCCUUGCUGGAAGAUGAAGACAAUGUUGGGAGACGGCGAAAGGCCAUGAGCCCAAAGGAUGUGAAUUGUUUGGUAGAGGACGUCAUGAGAGCUCUUGCAGCCGAAGGAGAGCAUGUCACCAUCGAGAGGGUGAUCAGCAGAGUUUGUUCACUUCUACAAGUGUCCAACUUGAAAGAUAUGCAUAUCGACGCUCGUCGGCAUCUGCCUGCAGUGCAGGAACUUCAGCGCAGCAUUAAGGAGAUCAAUAUGUUUAUUGAGUCGGUGGAAGCGGUUUCAUGUAUAUGCACGCUUUACGAAUUGGGACAGGCAUUGGCCAACCUGAAGAACAAGAAACGCUUUGAAGAACUCCAUCUGGGCCCUCUCUGCAAGAUCCCUCUUAUUCACCGAAUGUUCAAAAUGGAUGCAAACACUAAAGAUGAUGAUGUACAUCAGAUUGCGACAGUGGAUAUUCUUAGGAGUCUCCGGAUGUUCAGGAGAAAAAGCAAGACACCUAGAAUUGACCUUGCUGAUUUCAUGAAGCACCUUGCAGACCAGUACAGCUGUGAGUCACCGUAUGAACUUGGCAUCAGAAUCCAGAGUCUUGGGUUGCCUAUUUCGACGUUGAAUAAGGCAUCUGCUGCUGAGUUUUGCCACAUGGACACAGCCAGAGAAGCCAUUCAGAAGGAGAUUCAGGAGGAGGUGGAUGCCAGAAUGUAUAAGAUCAAGAAGAGCCUCCUGGAUCCAGCCCAAGGACCUGUGAUCUUCUCCCAGAUUGGCAACUCUGAGCUGAGGAAAAAAUAUGCUAAUAUGACCGCCGCGGAUGCAGUCAUGGAAGUCUUCAUCAAUUCUGAAAGUGUCUUCAAUAAGAGUAUGACAAAGACUAUUCAGACAUUCCUGUUAUCCAUAAACAGAGACAGGCUCGCUAGAGCCUUAUUCCAGCUUGCUAUAUGCUGUGGCUCCUUGGACGCCCCUCAGGACCUGGUAGCUAAAGAAAAACCACAGAAAAAAGCAGAGGCAAAGAAAUCUGCAGAAGAGAGAGCCACAGAGAUGCUCCCUACUGAAGCUGACGUGAAGAGCUAUUUUCAAGAGUGUGUCACUAGUUUCAAGAGCACACCUACUCUGGCCCACCUUCGCACUCUAGAAAAGAGGAUCGCAGAGAAAUUCAAGUUUAAAGACUUCAGCCAGCUGCAGCAAGGAACCUUCCUUGAUUUCAUUUUCAACAACAAAAAGGUCCUGCAGGAGGCAGCAGGGGGCGCCGUCUCUAUCGACAGCCAGGAUCCAGGAAUGAACGGCUUCAGACCGUGCAGACAAGAUGUGUUUGAGUUCAUCAAGCAGUGCGGGGAGGGAGAUGACAGCAGACUGCCGUUCAUCGAAGCCGCUCUGAGGAAUCAUUACCGGAUCAGAGAUAGUCGAGAGCUCGGUCACGGACCCCUCAGUUUUCUUGUCAAUUACACCCAGAAGCAAAAGGAGCUGGGAGGAGACGCUGUCGCUAGUGUGGUACGCUACGAGUGUCCUCUGCUGCCCAUGGGCUCAGGGGAGUGUGUGGUGGAUUCUGUGGGUUUGCUGGGCGAGGUGAGCCGUGACCAGGCGCGGGCGAGUUUGCUGUCGGCUCCUCUGCUGCAGGAUCUGGAGGAAUGGAGUCAGUGGCAGCUGGUGUUUCAGCCCAACCACGGCCCUCUCAAAGACUUCAUCGACAAGUACUGUGGUAAGACGGAGCUGCUGGCUCUGGAGGUUUCUCCCGGCGUCCUGCUGCGGGUCACCGCUGACACGGACGACAAACACUUCUCAGAGGCGACGCAGGCUCUGGACCCCGUGGGCACCGCCGGACACUUGGUCUCCAUUGUGGUGGCUUAUGGGAUCCCAAACACGCCCACAGCGCUCCUGGCCAAUCACAUGGAGAGCGCGCUCAAUGUAGCAGUCGCGCAGGAAGGAAUAAGGCCCGGGGAGGAUGGAUACUCGUACGGCCGCGUGGCUCAGUUUGUGCUUGAAUGCGUUGCGCUGAUGCCGACGAGAAUCUGCAAGGAGCUCCUGCAGCAGGUGUUUUUGGAGCCGCUGUCUAAAGUGCUCGGUCAGACCAGAUCGAAAACCCUGCUGCUGGACGCUGCACGUUCACACACACGCUACCUGAACAAACUGCAUCAGAUGGGGCUCCUGCUGGGAAUCACCGAGUGGAGGAGCCACUUCAACGACAAACUGCUUCUGCCAGCUCCUCCUCAGCUGCCUUCAGAGAUCAAGAAGUUUGUGGUGGAGGACUCCAUGAGUGACAUCUCUUCAGUGAAUGAGAUUGAUAAUGAGGAGGAAGCAGAGCUCAGCACUUCCUCCAGCAGCCCCAGAAGAGCCCAUCAGCAGGACGACGAUGAUGGUGAUGAUGAUAAUGAUGAUGAUGAUGAUGAUGAAGAUGAGCAGAUGUACGAGCUGGUGUCUGAACACAGUAAAGAGACAGACAGCAGUGAGGAGGAGGACAGAGAAAACUCAGCGACUGCUGAUCAGCCAGAUGAAGAAGUGAACGCCGAGCUGGAUCAGCACAAAGCCGUCAUAGAGGACAUCAGGAAGACGGAGUUCGGCAUCGGCGUGGAGCUGAACGAGGAAGGUCAGAACCUGAUGAGGAAGCAGCAGGCGAGACUGGGCCGCAGUCUGGAGCGGCUCUCCACUGAACUCUACAGCAAAGACACACACUUCGUGCUGGAGCUCAUUCAGAACGCUGAUGAUAACUGCUAUCCUGACGGCCGAGAGCAUCCGGCGCUGGCCUUUGUGGUGGAGAGGGACUGCAUCACCAUCCUGAACAACGAGUGUGGGUUUGAGGAGAACAACGUCCGUGCCAUCUGUGACGUGGGCCGGAGCACCAAAGGAAAACACAAAUAUGGCUACAUCGGUCAAAAGGGCAUUGGCUUCAAAUCGGUUUUUAAAGUCACCGACUGUCCUGAGAUCCACUCCAAUGGUUUCCACAUCCGAUUUGACAAGAACAGCGGCCCCAUGGGAUACAUCCUGCCUCACUGGGUCGAGCAGGAGCGGGCAGUGAGCGCUGGCCCCAGAGAGAUCGCAGAGCAGAGAUGGGCUACAAAGAUCCACCUGCCCCUGCGCUCUGAGAGCUACCAGACUAAAAACCUCUUCCAUGACGUUCAUCCCUCUCUCCUGCUCUUCCUCCAUCGCCUUCGCUCCAUCUCCAUCUUCAAUGAGGCUGAGAAGCGUUUCGUGUCGAUGACGCGGCGUGAUCUGAGCCAUAACAUCCUGGAAGUGGCACACACAGGCGGAGAAGAGCGGUGGCUGGUGGUCAAGACCAUGCUUUAUCCUAAAAAGAUUAAAGAGGACGUGGAGUCGACAGAAUUGGCUCUGGCGUUCCAGCUCAGUGACUCGUCUUCCUGUGAUGUGAAGCCUCAGAAACAGCCCGUCUUUGCCUUUCUUCCACUUCGCAGCUUCGGUUUCCGUUUCAUCAUCCAAGGUGAUUUUGACAUCCCUUCCUCCAGAGAGGAUGUGGACAGGGACAGUUCCUGGAACCAGUGGCUUCGCUCUGAGAUCCCGCAGCUGUUUGUACACGCCAUGGACGUCUUCAGUCAACACCCAGAGUUCAGCGGGCUCGGCGGCCUCUGUUACUUCAUGCAGUUCAUCCCUCAACCCAGUGAGAUCCUGGACUUCUUCAACCCAGUGGCCAAUCAGAUCAUCCAGCUGCUGAAGGGCAAAGCUUGCCUUCCUCCAAAGAGGACAGCGAGGGCCGAGUGGAGUUCAAGCAGCCUUCCCAGCUGGCCGUGUGUCAGGACCGUCUGAUCCAGGACGUGAUUGGAGGAGAGGAUCUGUGCAGAAACCUGAGUCUGUCUUACCUGCAUCCUGCGCUGCAGUCGCGUCUCUCCAGCUCGCUGCUA